AAGAAAAAAAAAUGGAAUAAAAUGUAAUAUUGUAAUUCACAAAGGUAUACUACUGUGUUCAAAAAGUAAAGUGAAUUUUUAAUUUAAACUUCGCGCGCUAAUCGAUUUGAGUAAACUGUUUUAUUUUUAUGUUGGUACUACUGUUAGUGACAUCUGUGCCAAAUUUCAUCAUUAAUCAUAUAGUUACGCUUGUGUUUUCUAAACGACUAAAAGUGAUUUUGGCGAUUUUUACAAUGUCUGAUUUUGCUGAGCAAAGAAGUGCUAUUAAAUUUUGUUUGCGGAAUGAAAUUUCGGCUGCGGAAACGUGCAGAAUGUUGCAGAGGGGCUUCGGUGAAUCGACUAUGUCGCAGAAAAAUGUUUAUAAGUGGUACAAAGACUUCAAAGAAGGCAGAGAACGUGCUGAUGACUUGGAACGCUCCGGACCACCAUUAACGUCAACUGAUGAGCAACACGUAAAGAAAAUCAAGGAAUUGGUGCUCGAAAAUCGUCGAUUGACAAUUAGAGACCUUGUCGAUAUGGUUGGCAUUUCAAUUGGAUCAGUUCAAACAAUUUUGAAGGAUCAUUUGGGUCUUAGAAAAGUCAAAUCUCGUUUGGUGCCAAAAACACUCAAUUUCCUCGAAAAAGAGCGUCGCGUUAAAGUUUGUGAAGAGAUGAUUUCUGACUAUCAGGACGUCUACGAACGCAUUAUUAUGGGAGAUGAGACCUGGAUCUAUGCUUAUGAUCCGGAAACAACCGACCAAUCGAGUGAAUAUCGUGCUAAAGGCGAGGCAAGACCAAAAAAAUCGCGCCAAAGUCGCUCAAAAAUCAAGGUUAUGUUGACAGUUUUCUUCGACUAUCGUGAUGUUGUGCAUUAUGAGUUCCUUCCGCCGGGCCAAACUGUCAACAAGGAAUAUUAUUUGAGUGUUAUGCGUCGUGAAGCUAUUUGCGUGAAGCUAUUCGCAAGAAGAGGCCGGAUUUAUGGAAAGACAACUCCUAGUUUUUGCAUCACAAUAAUGCGCCGUCUCACACGACCGAACGCAAGCAGUGGAUUAUGGCUAGGUGUUAUGGUCGGUUUGAGCGCUAUGGUCACGAUAUUAAAAGAAGACAGCAGUUACUCCGAGAUAUGUCUCUUUGUAGGAAUUACGGGCUUUGGUCUUAUUCUCUGUUCUCUAUGCCUUUACGCGCAGCUUUCAACGAAGCAGAUUGUAGCGAAAGACUUUCAUGCCGUCUACUUUGUACCUGCGAUUAUAACAUCUGUGCUGUUUUUACUGGCUGCUAAUAAAGGACUAUUGACGAGUGUUACGUGGGGCUUAACUGUUGCAAGUUUGGGCACAUGGGGUGUGUUACAACUUAUGUCAGCUUUUCCAUGCUGCUUUACAAUGGGAGAAGCAACAGUGAUUACGCACAGUUUUACCUUGUUUUUGAUGUCGGCUGUUACUAAUUUACCCUUACGAUAUCAUUUACCUCCAAUUCAUGACAAUGACAUAAGCACAGUUGUGUUGCAGGUUGUGAUAUUGUAUGCAACAACGAUAUGCUUCCUGUGUGGAUAUUUUCCUGUUCUUCGUAGCACAACAUAUUUUUAUUUAAUGAUAAUUAGCUUAUUGUGUUUUGUAACUCUUCCAACACUUUACAUUAUUCUGGAUCAAAAUCCAAUAAUGUGGAUAAUUUCUUUUUCUUUUGGCAGUCGUGAAAAAAUUGCAAUAUUUAUGUACUGGACAGGAUGCUUUUUACUAAGUAUUUUUAUCGUAAUUUAUCAAAUAUCGUCAAAAUCCCAUGCUACAAAUUUAGUUAGGAAGAAUUUUCAUAUAUUAGCCACAUUUGUAUAUAUACCUGGUAUGAUAUACGAUCUUCCGCUAUUGUAUCUUGCUAGCGGCGUGAUGUUCAUAAUAUUUAUUGCUCUUGAGGUGAUGAGACUUUUGAGAGUUCCACCUUUAGGAGAAAAGUUACAGCAAGGAUUUGUUGUAUUUGUCGAUGAAAAGGAUUGUAUGCUUUCAUUAACAGCUAUAUAUUUGUUAUGUGGUUUAUCGUUACCUCUUUGGAUGCCAACUAAUAAUUUGUCGCUAGUGGUAUUACUCAGCGGCGUGCUGACGGUAGGAAUCGGUGAUACCGCUGCAAGCUUUGUCGGUAACAAAUGGGGCGCACACAAGUGGCUCGACACAGAAAAAACUAUUGAAGGCACCGUCGCAUGCAUAUUUUGUCAAGUUUGCGUAAUAUUCACGCUAUCGUAUUGUGGUUUUAUAAAUGAUUACCAGCUACUUCUGAGAAGCAUCUUGGCGGCUGUCUCAAUAUCGUUGAUCGAGGCACGUACAAAUCAAGUGGAUAAUUUGGCUUUGCCAUUAUUAAUGUAUGUAUGUUUAAUGAUAUAAGUGUGCAUAUCAUUUUUUCCAAUUUGCGAGAAUAACUCUGUUAAAUUAAUUUUUAUGAAAAUUAUUAUAAUAACAAUUGUUGGAGAAAAUAGUUGAAAUUAAAAGUAGUAAUAUCAUUAUAGAGAAUAAGUAUUUUGUAUGAUAAAUAUUAAAAAAACAAAUAGUAUUUCAAAUUUAUUGUACAUAUUUACUUAAAAUAAGAUAUUUACUUUACAUUUUGAUAUGUCAUAGAUAAAUAAGUUUUUUCUACCUUCAAAAUAGCACAUUUUUUAUAGCUAUAUAGAUGUAACUCAUUUUUUUGUACCAAAUCUGUAACUAAUGACAAAUUUAUUUUAAAAUGUAUGAAAAUUGAGUUACAUUUAUAUGUAUAUUUACGAGGUAUACAGAUUUUUAUUUUAGUAUUAUAUAUAUAUAUAUAUAUAUUUUUUUUUUUUUUAAGAUGUCUGAUGAUCUGCUUUACCAAUAAAAAAACCAUUUUAUUAAACAUAUUAUACUUUGUACAGGUUUCACAGAAUUAUAAUCUUUUUAUAUAAUUAGAACAUCUUAAUUUAUAUGGCCCUGAUCUAUCUUUUGCCAAAAAGGAUAAAAUAAAUAAAAAUUAUAAUUUCCUUAUUAACUCUUACUUCAAUAAAGUGAUCAAAGCUGUCAAUUCUUCGAAACAUUUUCUUUGUGAUAAAGUUGUAAGUAAGAAAAGUAUGUAAUUUACAUGCGCAAAAUGAAGGCAGAGCCAGGAAUAAAAUAAAUAAAUUAAUAAUGUUGAAUUGUUAAAAUUAAGUGUAAAAACUUGAUUUAAGAGGCUGCUAAACCAAAGGGAAUUACAUGUUACAGUUUAUUUUAAUUUUUGAAUUGGUUUGACAAAUUACAAAAUUCUUUGGUAGAAUGAAUGUAUGUUCCAAAAAAGUACGAUACAAGCGAUUUUACGAGAAAAUCGACAAAAAAAUUAAAAAUUCAUUUAUUUUUGGCUCAUGGAUCUAUCACUCAAGGUUAAAUUUUGUCAUUUACUGACGUUCUGUAGCUCGUAUGUAUGAAAUGAGACCGUUCCGCAGUGCAGAAAACUAAGGAACAACACUGACUGUGUGCCAUUUCUAUUAAAAGCCUAACAAAAAAGUUGCGUUUCUGAACAGCUGUGCAUGUACAAAUUUCACUUAGCGCCCUUAAACAAUGACAAGCAGAGCAGUGAUUAUAUGCAACAGUAAGAUCUGAUAGAUCUUUUCACAGUUGGCGCACUACAAUUGAAGAAUAAAGACAGAUAAAUGCGUUGGACGAAGAGCGCUAGCUCUUGGUCGCUUGAUGUUAUCGUUAUUAUUCCCUUUAUCCUCUGCCCUGAAAAAUAAUCUGCCGUAUCGAUUUCGAGGAAGUUCAGCUUUAGGUUUAGCAUUCUCUUAAAAGAAUUGAACAUUUGACAAAUUAUGUAAAUGUACGUGAUCUCGAUAUAGUAGUAUGUAAGAAUCUGUUGAUGUUUGUAUAUAGUAUCGUAUUAUAUAUUGUAAAUCGUAUGUGUUAAGUUGCAUAUGUAUAAAUUUAAUCGGUAAAACUGAUAAUGCCAGCAUCGCAUUAAGAAAUAGAAAAUAGAAAAAAAUUAUUAUUUAUUGAUGACAUAUCAAAAUGUAAAGUAAAGAUCUUAUUUUAGUAGAUUAUUUAAAUUAUACAAAGUGUCCAAAAUAUGUGGAAACCCCUUAAGAGGAUGCUAAACUAAUGGGAAUUACCGAAAUAUUACUGUUUAUUUUAAUCUUUGAAUUGGCUUGACAAUCACAAAAUCUUUUUGAAGAAAGAAUGAAAGUACGCACCACAAAAUAGUGGAAUAAGAGCAAUUUACGAAAAAAGUCGACAAAAAAAUUUUUAAAUUCUUAUAUUUUUCGUGGAUCUGUUACUCGAAGUUAACUUUUAUCGUUUACUGGCGACAUCAACACUGUGCCAUUCUAAUCAAAAGCCUAAAGCUGAAUGUACAAUGAAAAGUACAGGCAAUAGGAACAAGGAAUAACACAGGUAAUAGAUUUCGCAAUUUCUGAUUGAUUCGCAGAUAUUUCUUGCGGCUUCUGAUUGGUUGAAAUCUAUUGCCCGUUGUCAGCUUAACAGAAAAAGUUUCGUUUUUGGACAGCUGUACGUGUACAAAUUUUGCUUAGUGGACGUAAACGACAAGCAGAGCAGUGAUUGUCUGCAAUAGUAGUUAAUAGGUCUUUUCGCAGAUCGUUACAAUCGAAGAAUAAAGACAGAUAAAUGCGUUGGACAAAGAGUGCUAACUUGGUUGCCUGGUCUUAGCCAUAGAUAUAGGAUCUCUAGACUGAGCGAUCCUCGGAUCCACUCCUCCUUUUGAGGAGUGGGGGUAAGCUUGGGUAGAAAAAGACGGACUGUGUCGAUACGUGUAUCGAGUACUAUUUCAAUAUCAAAUGCUUAAUAUUCUCUUUCAAUCCUCUCUUACUGCAAUAUACGUUUUGUAUGCUUGCGCGAAGGGAGAGAAAACGCACAGUAAUGACACAGUCCAUCUUUUUCUACCCGAGCUUACCCCUACUCCUUGAUGGCUCAUUGUCAAUCUAGAGAUUCUAUGUCUAUGGUGUUAGUGCUAUUCCCCGCGUGCAAAUACGUACGCAAAUUCUCGCUUGAAAAAUGAUCUGCCGUACCAACGUCGAGGAAGUUCAGUUUUAGGUUUGGUAUCUUUUUAAUAUUUUGAAAAGUAAGCAUUUCCGAAAGAAAUUUUUUAAACGAAAGAUUUUUUAAAAUUUUUUUUAAAAAGAUCUACUGAUUCUAUUAGUUUGAUCUUAAGUCCCCUAGGUUAAGUCAAGAUCAAAACAAUUUUUUUAAAUAGAAAGUCCUAUUUUUGAUUCCAGAAUAAUCUAAUAGUUGAUUUCAAGAGCUUUUCAAAACACUAUAAAGAAGAUAUUUUUUGUUAAGUACUUUCCGAGUUAUAAGGCUUGAAAGUUAUAGUUACUGCAACUUUUAAGUCUCACAGUUCAGAAAGUAUUAAAUAAAAAAUAACUUUAUUAUAUUGUUUUGAAAAGCUUUCGAGAUUGAUUGUAACAAAAAGGCAAUAAAAGAUAUAGGGUAUUGGGAAAGUAUCGGUACCCCUUAAUAUUUUGAAAAUUAAGCUUUUCCGAAAGAAAUGUUUUAUACAAAAGUUAUAGGAUGUGUUUGAAGUGAUGCGUAGACAAAAAUAUUUUUGUGACGUCAAGGUUACGUAAAAAUCAUCUUCAAAUUUUCAAGUAGAAAUUCUUGUUUUUUUAUAGCAUUGUCUCAUAAUUGAUCUCGAAAACUUUUUCAAACACUAUAGUGAAGUUAUUUUUCAUUAAGUACUUUCAGUUACAGUGUAACUUUCUAUACUGUAACUUUCAAGUCUCAUAAUUCGGAAAGUAUUUAAUGAAAAAUAACUUUAUUAUUAUGUUUUGAAAAGCUCUUAACAUUAGCUAUUAGAUUCUGAAAUAAAAAAUUGGAUUUUUUAGUAAAAAAAUUGUUAUGACUUUAAUCUGACCUUGGCGAUGCAACUCAAGGUCAAAUUGAUAGAAUCAGUAGAUAAAUAUUUUUAAGUUUUAUAACUUUUGUCUGAAAUAUUUCUUUCAAAAAUGCUUACUUUUUGAAAUAUUAAAAGGUUCUUACACGUUCGAACACCUUGUAUAUAAAUGUUAAAUACGAUUUGUUUUUUGUAUAUUUACAUUACUAUACAAAAUACUUAUUUCAAAUAGUAUUUUUUAUAGAUAUAUCUUUCAAAUAAAUAUUUCUAUUGAAUCUAUUUUAAUUUUUCCCCAGCAGCAGCUCCAUACAUCCAAUCAUUUCAUUAUAUAAUUAUUUGUGAUUUUUAAGGGGAUGCUAAAGUUGUGAGUUUUACCGAACAACGAUUUACACAUACGAUUUACAAUAUAUAUAUGAUUACAAUAUGUAUGAUUCAUGAAACAUUAAUACAUUACUACAUACUAUUACACGUAUGUAGAUGCACAAAUUUUCUCUCUCAAGCACAUUAAUUUAUUUUCAUAAUAAAUAUCUAAGCCAAAAUCUAAGAACACAAACGAAGUUUUAUCAUGUAAUCUAUGUCUUAGAUUAUUUCCAUUCGUACAUAAUUUUUAUGAAGUAAAUAUUAGCACAUGUUGACAGUUGUAGACACUAUAAUUAGGUUAUGAAUAGGUAAAACUAAGGAACUAAAGAUAUGAGUAUUUUUAUGGUCUGCCAUGUUUAGUCCUUUUUGCCCCCUUUCAUCUUCUCACUCCUUGCCUAUAUGCUACCUCCUGACGAUGGCAAGGAGUCAGAAGGGAGGAGGGGGGGGGGGGGAAGGACUAAAAAUGGCGUACCGUGGGAAUACCUAUAUCUUUAGUGUUCUAGUAAAACACAUCUAAAUUUCUUAAUUUUUUUAUUCUUAGCAUAAAGUUGACUGACCCGAGUUACAUUCGUGUUUAUACUUUAAUUAUGGAAAAAGAUUUUUCCGUUGGAAUAUUAACUAGUGACGUCACAUGUCCUAUAUAGCCUCAACAAGGAUACUCCAUACAAUGUUCACGCUAUGCACUCAAUACAAACAGUAUUAAUUCAACUGCCGUGUUAUUAAGUUCUCACGAUAUUUGUGAUUAAAAUGAAUGGUGAGUUGGGAGAUUUUUGCUGAGAGCAACAAAACAUAUGGCAGUAUAUACAAGUUACAAUAGCUUAGCCUUAAAAGAAUUAACUGUUGGUUAAAUUUUCACUAUUUUCCUAAACCGGGAAAAAUAAUGAUUACAGUUGAAAGUGCAUUCAAAAAUUUAGAAAAAUGAGAAUUAGGGAAGAGUGCUAAAAAUGAAAACAAUUGUAAAAUAUGCCGUUUAUAUUUUAAAAGGAGCGAUUUUAAGUUUCCUACAUUAAUUACAAAAUUAUCACUAAUAAAAUUAUACAC